GUAAAGUAGUUUUAGCUCAUUAAGAGACACCAAAGUCACACAAUUAUCCUACACUUCGUCGUCUGAAAAUUGCAAGAAGGAAGCUACUCAGGUCUGCAUGUGGAACCUACACUGUUGAAUUUCCUUCUUACAAUAAAUCAUUCUUCCAGGAACUAGCUUUGCAGUGAAUUUUUGAGGUCAAGGAAUUCAAAGACGAUGGAUUCAAACUCAAAAAUUUCAGACAUAUUGCUCUCAUGGAGGUCUUUGCUCCCGCAACCAUUUAGGGCUCUGUUGGGCCGUUUUUCAUUUUCCAAUUUGGGCCAGGGAGGUUCAGCUUCUUCCAGUCCUUCCAUUGAUUCCAACCGUGUUCAUAAUUGUAGAUAUGAUGUGUUUAUCAGUUUCAGAGGUGUUGAUACCCGUAACACUUUUGUUGAUCAUCUUUAUGCUCAUCUAACAAGAAAGGGUAUUUUCUCCUUCAUGGAUGAUAAGAGGCUUGAGAAAGGGGAAUCCCUUUCGCCACAGCUUCUGCAAGCAAUUAAAAACUCUCGGAUUUCUAUUGUUGUUUUCUCUCAACGAUAUGCUGAGUCCACAUGGUGUUUGGAAGAAAUGACUACUAUUGCUGAAUGUCGUAAAGAUUUGAAACAAAUCGUUUUCCCUGUUUUUUAUGAUAUCGAUCCAUCUCAUGUACGAAAACAGACUGGGUUGUACCAGCAUGCCUUUGAUUUACACAGGAAUAGAUUCAAUCAUGAUCCGAAUAAGGUUGUGAGAUGGACGAAAGCUUUGGUCGAUUUAACUGAAGUAGUUGGUUGGGAUGUUAGGAACAAACCAGAGUUUCGAGAGAUUAAAGAUAUUGUUCAGGAAGUAAUAAAAAUAUUGGGUCAUAAAUUCUCAGGGUUUGCUGAUGAGCUUAUUGGGAUACAACCUCGAGUAGAAGAAUUAGAAAGCCUGCUGAAAUUAAACUCAACAGAUGAUGAAUUCCGAGCUAUAGGUAUUUGGGGGAUGGCUGGAAUCGGAAAGACAACUCUUGCUUCCGUCUUGUAUGAUAGAGUCUCCUAUCAGUUUGAUGCAAGCUGUUUUAUUGAGAACGUAAGCAAAAUUUAUAAAGAGGGUGGUGCUACUGCUGUAAACAAACAAAUCCUUAGGCAAACCAUGGAUGAAAAAAACCUAGAGACAUACAGCUCUUCUGAAAUAUCUGGAAUCAUACAUAAAAGACUUCGCAACAGAAAGUUUCUUGUAGUUCUUGACAAUGUUGAUCUAUUAGAGCAGGUGGAAGAGUUGGCUAUAAAUUCCGAGUUGCUUGGUAAAGGAAGUAGAAUGAUCAUUACAACCAGGGAUAUGCAUAUUCUAAGAGUGUUUGGAGCACAGUUAUCGGUAUCUCACGAUACAUGUUUGUCGUACGAUGUGUAUGAGGUUCCACUAUUGAACAACAAUGAUGCUCGCAAACUUUUCUAUAGAAAAGCUUUCAGAAAUGAGGAUCCCACUAGCGGAUGUGUGAAGUUAAUUCCUGAGGUACUAAAAUAUGCUCAAGGUCUUCCAUUAGCAGUUCGAGUAGUGGGUUCUUUCUUGUGUACUCGAAAUGCUAACCAAUGGAGAGAUGCUUUGUAUAGAUUGAGGAAUAAUCCAGACAACAAAGUUAUGGAUGUGCUUCAGAUAAGUUUUGACGGAUUACAUUCAGAGGAAAAAGAAAUAUUUCUGCAUAUUGCUUGUUUCUUUAAAGGGGAGAAGGAAGAUUAUGUGAAGCGUAUUCUAGAUGCUUGUGGGUUGCACCCUCACAUUGGAAUUCAAAGUUUGAUUGAGAGGUCAUUUAUAAGUAUUAUAAAUCAGGAAAUCCUUAUGCAUGAAAUGCUGCAAGAAUUGGGGAAGAAAAUUGUUCGGCAACAAUUUCCUUUCCAACCAGGAUCGUGGAGUAGAUUGUGGCUUUAUGAGGAUUUCUACUCUGUCAUGACUACAGUAACAGGAACAAACAAUGUUAAUGCCAUAAUUCUAGACCAAAAAGUGCAUAUCUCGGAACAUCCUCGGUUGAUGGCUGAAGGAUUGUCAAUAAUGAGGGGACUUAAAAUUCUUAUAAUGUAUCAUACAAAUUUUUCAGGAAGUCUCAACUUCCUUUCUAACAGCUUGCAGUAUCUUCUGUGGUAUGGUUACCCUUUUGCUUCUUUGCCAUUAAAUUUUGAGCCUUAUUAUCUUGUUGAAUUGAAUAUGCCUCGUAGCAGCAUCCAACGACUAUGGGAUGGUCACAAGGAUCUCCCUUGUUUGAAAAGGGUGGAUUUAAGCAACUCCAAAUAUCUUGUGGAGACUCCUAGUUUUGCUGGAUGCAGAAUACUCGAGCGUCUAGAUUUUACAGGAUGCAUGAACCUAUCGUAUGUCCAUCCGUCUAUUGGACUUCUUGAAAAACUUGCUUUCUUGAGUUUGGAAGGCUGCAGCAGUUUAGUCAUGCUAGUUCUUGAUGGUGACACUGCAUCUAACUUGUAUUCUCUCAAAGUUUUGCAUCUCUCUGGCUGCACACAACUUGAAACCAUAUCUGGUUUUAACGGGGUCUCAAAUCUUGAGUAUCUUGAUAUUGAUCAAUGUUUGAGUUUAUCAACAAUUGAUCAUUCUAUUGGUGAUCUUAAACAACUUAAAUUCUUGAGUUUAAGAGACUGCACAAAUCUUGUCAGUAUACCCGAAAGCAUUAAUUCUAUGCCUUCUCUUGUAACUAUAGAUCUAUGUGGGUGCUUAAAACUAGAGAAUCUACCCUUGCUGGCAAACAUGUCAAUGUCUGAAGAAAGUAAUGACGCCAUAUUUGCGUCUGUAGAAAACUUUGAUCGCUGUUAUGGUGAACUCAUAUCUUCUUACUAUCUGAAUUCUUUGAUAUUUUUGGACCUAAGCUUUUGCAAUUUAAGUACAGUACCUGAUGCUAUUGGAGAGUUACGGCAUUUAGAAAGGUUAAAUCUUGAAGGAAACAACUUCGUUUCCUUACCGCCUUCAAUGUGGAGGCUUUCUAGUCUAGCAUAUUUAAACUUGGCGCAUUGCAGCAGGCUUCAAUAUUUGCCUGACCUCCAAUUUUGUGCUACUUCAUCUGGGGGCAAGUAUUUCAAAAUGAUAUCCGGAUCUCAUAAUCAUAGGUCAGGAUUAUAUAUUUUCAACUGUCCCCUCUUGGAGAUUGCAGAACGUCAUAACUUGGCACUUUCAUCGAUGAUGAAAUUAAUUGAGAAUCCUUGUCAUUUCCGGUGUGGCCUUGACAUUGUUGUUCCUGGAUACACAGUUCCACGGUGGUUUGAUCAUCAAUUUGCGGAAAAUUCAAGUGUACGGAUAACAGACUAUAUGACCGAGUUUGACAAUUGGCUUGGCUUUGCCUUUUGUGUGGCAUUUGUGGAAAACUGUCGUCCUGCAACUUCUAGUUCUUCACAGUAUUCAUUUUCAUCACAGCUGCCAUAUCCUCUUUAUCUUUCUUUUGAAAGUGAACAAAUGGAAGAAACCUUCGAUAUGCCGCUUCGGUUAGACCUGAACAAGGCUGAUGGUUUAAAUACAGAACAUCUCUGGCUAAUCUAUAUCUCUAGACCCCAUUGCCAUUUUGUGGCAACAGGAGCAGCAGUCACAUUUAAAGCACACCCAGAUGUGGAGUUGAAAACUUGGGGAUUUCGCAUGAUAUUCGAGCAUGAUAUCUCUAGUUCAUUCGAGUUAGGGACAGAUGAGGUUCAUCAACAACAAGGCUAUAUUCACGUGGAUCAUGUACAUGAGCGUAGCAGCAGUAAGAGGCCUGAAGUCCAGCUUCCUUAUAAUUGGUAUGUUACUGAGGAAGAGGAAAAGUCUAAAAUUCUGCUUCGUUAUAAUUGGCAUGUUACUGAGGAAGAGGAAAUCGAGAGUAGAGAAGUGAAUGUGAAAGAAAGUCGUCUCUCGAAUAUGGGCCUUACCACGUAGCUGAUGCAUUUAAAAAACCUCUUCAAUGAUUUUUGUUUAUUCCUUCCUCUUUAUAUACACAUGCAAAAGUAAUUAAAUAGUUGAGGACAUAACAUUGUACAUUAAGUAGGAUUAGGAAUGCAUUUGUGUAAUUGGUCA